AUGGCUGUGCAGGCAGGCCUUCGGCUGUUGCUGCUUCUGUCUGUUCUGACUGCGGUCACAGGGCCUCACGCUACCACAGAGGGAAAGCUGGACCAGAGCCAGGACAUGACCCCAGUCCAUCCACGGCCAGGUCAACACCUCUCGGGGCACGUGCCAUGUGUUGAGGAGCACACGCGUUCUCAUGAUGCUCUGAAUCACUUCCUGCUUGCUUUGCGUGAUGGCUGGAGAAAGCAGAGUGAGCUGGAGAAGGAGGAAUUAGCUGAGUUUGGAAUUUGUUCAGAUUCUGAUGGUGUACAGCGUCAGCAGUUUUCAUCACUACUAAUGCUGGGUCAGAAGGCACAUAAAGAAGACAAUGGCCCAGGAUAUUUUCACACCAAAAAAGAGCACUGGGAUGUUGAAGAGAACGGAAAAUUCACGCUGACCCUUCACCUCACAAGACCAUGCAAGGAUUAUCAACAAAGCACGCUGGCCUCCAUAAUGCUCCUGUUCUUUGUGGACACCAUUAACACAGAGGGGUUAAACAUAAAGUUCAGCAGUCAUGCCCUUCAGCCAAACAAGCAGACUGUGUGUGUUUCUAAGGGGACACAGUUUGUAGUUCUGCCAACUGGCCAGGCAGAGAUCUUCAGGCAUGGUCACCUGAAGCUGAGAAUUGUUGUCGAUUCUCAGGAUGACAGUGAGCAGAAAAUGGGUUUGGCUGACUUUCAAGCCAUCAUGGUGAAGAAGGACACCAGAACCAGUAUUCCACUGAGCCCAGUGGUUCUUUUCUUUACACACGGAACUACAAGUGAUCUACAGGCACCUCCUUCAAAUCGAACGUUCUUCUUCCUGUGUGAGCUCCAGAAGUUUCUGAAUGAAGUCCCCCUUCAGAGAGAUCCAGCACGUCCAGCCCAGGAAGAGGCCCCAGUCUCUCAGAGUGUUCUACACUCUCUGCCUCCUCUGACUCUUGGAGUGUCAUCAAGCGAGUCUCUUCUUCUAGAACUGAUUAAUUCCUCCGGCCCCACCGUCUUCUCCUUCCCCCGCCACAGUCUGGGGCUGCAGAGCCACCGAGUGGAGCUGGACCUGAACCCAGAGCUGCUGUCUGUGCUGAGGCUGCGGCUGGACGAGGCCUUAGCUCAGGUCCGCAUGGAGGAAGCUGGACGCAGUGUGAUGGACAAACUGCAGAUGCUCACUGCUCUCACUGCUCUCCCUGAUGAUCGAGAAGGAGCAGAAACAGGUUUGGAGAACCCUCAUGAGGUCCAGUACAGGGCAUUCUUGCUGCUGAAGGCAUUACAGACUGUGCUGGGCACGUGGGCAGUGGAGAGAGCACAACGGGCCGCCAGAGCUGACCAGGUAGGCCCGACAAAGCCGAGUCAGUGUCGCCUUCAGAGCCUUACUGUGUCUCUGGAGAAGUACUUGCUCGAGCCACCUGCAGCCAACAUUAACAACUGUGAAGGACCGUGCGGUUUCCCACUAACCAGCGGCACCAACCACGCCAUCCUGCUGAACAGCCACCUCCAGAGCGGUCAGUCUCUGAACCGCACACUCUGCUGUGUGCCUGUGGACUAUGAUGACCUGUGUGUGAUUGAAGUGGGCAGUGAGGGCUCCACCAUCUCUUACAAAACAAACAUGAUAGCCAAAGCGUGUGAAUGUCGCUGACAGGCUCAGAGUGCAGGACUACAGCCAAAAUGUAUGGAAGUGGGCAGUGAUUUACUGACAU